AUGUGCAAGUGCAACUCAAGCUUUGUGCCCCCUCUUAUCUAUGCUGUUUUUGGAAGUUCAAAAAAUCUAGCAGUAGGAAGAGUUGCAGCUUGUUCAUUAUUCAUAGCAGAAACAAUUGAAGAAAAAGUAUCUCCCACUGAAGAUCUCAAAUUGUAUCCAAGUCUUGUUUAUACAACCACUUUUAUCUCUGGUUUGCUUCAGACAGCAAUGGGACUAUUAAGUGGAAAUGGGAAAGUGCAGAAAAAUGAACAAAUUGACGGUAACAAGGAGAUGAUAGCCCUUGGCCUCAUGAACAUUGUUGGAUCUUUCACGUCGUGCUACUUAACCACUGGCAUGGGAACCGGACUCAUGAUUUCGAAGGGACUGGCUCUCGUAAGAGCACUGUUGUACAUAGCAAGGCCUGCUUCAUGCAAGCUAACAGACACAAAGUUGUAUCGCAACAUAGAGCAAUAUCCAGGUGCAACUGGGAGUCCUUUCAUGAAGCUUUGUUCCCCUAUAUAUUUUGCAAAUUGCAGCUACCGAAGUGACAGUUCAAAGGAAGUUAAAACAGAAGAAUUGUAUGGCCUUAAGGGUGUUAUGUCUUCUCCUCGUGUCUAUGUAAGAAUAGCCUUGAAGGGGAAAUUGGCAACUGUAAAGAGAUAG